AUGGCCAUGCGUUGGGUUCAUGAAAAUAUUGCAGCGUUCGGUGGGGACCCUGAUAAAGUGACAUUAUUCGGAGGUUCAACAGGUGUGGCAAGUGUGAUAUUACAAGCAAUGUAUCCGGGAAAUAAAGGACUAAUAAAGAGGAUAAUUCCACAGAGUGGGAGCAUAACCUGUCCAUGGGUUUAUCAGCGAGAUUCAUUACAGAAUGCUAAACGUAUUGCUAAUGUAGUCGGAUGUCCAACUGACGUAGAAACUUUAGGACUUGCAUCUUGUCUAAGAAAUAUUCCCGAUGAAAUGUAUAUAAAAGCGUUAAAUAAUCUAUUGAAUGGCUUCAGAAAAUUUCAUAUGGAGUUCGUUGUUUCUGUUGACGAAGUAUUCGUUCCAUUAACUACUUGGGAAAUGUUGCAUAGCGAUUCAAUGCAGCAAAGGCGAGGCGGGUCUUCUUGCGCAGCUUCGAUGUAA